CUACCAUUUAAAAUCAGACUCUUUUUGUCUUUUGAUUGCUGUCUCGAGACCCAACUCCGAUGUGUUCCGUUAUCAGCGGCCGGCAGCCUGCCGUUCCAAGCCCUGUCUGGGUGGGGAGCGGUAGAGAGUCCCCCGCAGCCGCGGCGGGCAAGGUUAUAUAGGAAGAGAAAGCGCGAGGCAGCCAGCGAGAGAGCGAGCGAGAGGGCGAGCCGGAGCGAGGAAGGGAGAGCGCAAGAGAGAGCGCACAGGCACACACCCGCCGCGCGCACUCGCGCACGGACCCGCUCGGGGACAGCUCGGAAGUCAUCAGCUCCAUGGGCGAGAUGCUGCUGCUGGCGAGAUGUCUGCUGCUAGUCCUCGUCUCCUCGCUGCUGGUGUGCUCGGGGCUGGCGUGCGGACCCGGCAGGGGGUUCGGAAAGAGGCGGCACCCCAAAAAGCUGACCCCUUUAUCCUACAAGCAGUUUAUCCCCAAUGUGGCCGAGAAGACCCUAGGCGCCAGCGGAAGGUAUGAAGGGAAGAUCACCAGAAACUCGGAGCGAUUUAAGGAACUCACCCCCAAUUACAACCCCGACAUCAUAUUUAAGGACGAAGAAAACACCGGAGCGGACAGGCUGAUGACUCAGAGGUGUAAGGACAAGUUGAACGCCUUGGCCAUCUCUGUGAUGAACCAGUGGCCGGGAGUGAAACUGCGGGUGACCGAGGGCUGGGACGAGGAUGGCCACCACUCAGAGGAGUCUCUGCACUACGAGGGCCGCGCAGUGGACAUUACCACGUCCGACCGCGACCGCAGCAAGUACGGCAUGCUGGCCCGCCUGGCGGUGGAGGCCGGCUUCGACUGGGUCUACUACGAGUCCAAGGCGCACAUCCACUGCUCGGUGAAAGCAGAGAACUCGGUGGCGGCCAAAUCCGGGGGCUGCUUCCCGGGCUCGGCCACGGUGCACCUGGAGCAGGGCGGCACCAAGCUGGUGAAGGACCUCCGCCCCGGGGACCGCGUGCUGGCGGCGGACGACCAGGGCCGGCUGCUCUACAGCGACUUCCUCACUUUCCUGGACCGCGACGACGGCGCCAAGAAGGUCUUCUACGUGAUCGAGACGCGGGAGCCGCGCGAGCGCCUGCUGCUCACCGCCGCGCACCUGCUCUUCGUGGCGCCGCACAAUGACUCGGCCGCCUGGGAGCCCGAGUCGUCCUCAGGCGCGGGGCCGCCUCCCGGGGACGCGCCGGGGCGCCGGGCGCUGUUCGCCAGCCGCGUGCGCCCGGGCCAGCGCGUGUACGUGGUGGCCGAGCGCGAUGGGGACCGCCGGCUCCUGCCCGCCGCCGUGCACAGCGUGACGCUGCGCGAGGAGGCCGCGGGCGCCUACGCGCCGCUCACGGCCCAGGGCACCAUCCUCAUCAACCGGGUGCUGGCCUCGUGCUACGCGGUCAUCGAGGAGCACGGCUGGGCGCACCGGGCCUUCGCGCCCUUCCGCCUGGCGCACGCGCUCCUGGCUGCAUUGGCGCCCGCGCGCACGGACCGCGGCGGAGACGGCGGCGGCGGGGACGGCGGGGGCGGCGGCCGAGUUCCCCCGCCCGCCCCAGGUGCGGCCGACGAUCCGGGCGCGGGGGCCACCGCGGGCAUCCACUGGUACUCGCAGCUGCUCUACCAAAUAGGCACGUGGCUCCUGGACAGCGAGGCCCUGCACCCCCUGGGCAUGGCGGCCAAGUCCAGCUGAAGCCCGGGGCCCGGGGCGGGGCGCGGGAGGGGGCGGGGCGGGGCAGCAGCAGCAACGCAAAGCAAAAAGACACUCGGAAAAGGCGCACGAACCAGACUGAGUUAUAAUAAUAAAGUAGGACAGUCCAAAGUAGACGCUAAGUAAACAAGGACCCCGGGAAGUUUUGUUGUUGUGUUUAGUUUAUAUAUUUUUUAAUUUUUUGGUUAUUGUUUUAUUUUGGUUAUUUUUUCUCCUCUCCUGGCUAUUUAUUUGUUUGGUAUGAAUAGAUGUUUUAAAUAAUAUGAACCGGACCUUCAAGAGCCUUAAAUAGUUUGUUUCUUGGAUAAUUUAUUAUUGUCAUGUAAACUGUACUCACAGGGGAAGAGAUUAUUUUGUGAGGCCAAGCAACCUGCUCAGAGUCUAUUUUUCUACACGUCCCUCGCCCCGGCCGUCAGAAAGCUGACUUCCUUCCUGGCCACCCCUCCUUCCAUCUCCUGCUUUCAACAAGUGCAAACUCAAACGUGCUUCAUGGGGGUCCACAAAUUAUAUUUUUAUAAACAGAAUUGUAAAUUAGAUUUUUUGAGAGAUCAAUACUUAACUGAAUGACAUUUCAUUUUCGAAAUAGUGUAAAAUAUGAAAAUAUAUUAUUUUAAUUUAACUAG